GCGGUGGUGGCGAAGCCACUACCCUCACCCCUGCGGGGGAGGCUCGGGCGAUGAAUGAAGCAUGAGUGGGCUGCGCGCGAAGGCCAGAGCGCAGGGCGCAGCGCGGCAGCCGGGUUCGCGGGAAGAAUAGACCCAGUGACAAGAGGCUCUCUCAUCUCGUCAAGCCAGCUCUGAAGCCAUCUGACCUGCCACGCUGCAAAGCCCUCGGCACAAGGCCGGAGAUGCCCCAGCACGCGAUGGGGGACAAGCAUUUCCUUCCCCUCCCGAAACACGUCUUCACCAGCGCGUCCCCGGCAGCCACAGACAGCGGGUGUGGUGGGUGUGACACCCCACUCAGCAGCAGAGCGUCCCCAGCCUCCCUGCGCUCGGCCCACAGCCCCCUGGGCUCCUCCAGCCAACCCCUGUUCGAGCCCCAGGUUGAGAAGCAGCGGAGCAGCCAGACAGCCCGCGGCGGCGAGGUGCAGUACGUGUCUGCGGGGCCCAAGAACGCACUGUGCGGUUGGCGAGCCUUCACCCCCAAGUGCCUGCAGGUCUUCAACACCCCCAAGGGCUUCCUCUUCUUCCUGUGCGCAGCCUCCUUCCUUCAGGGCAUGAUAGUGAACGGCUUUAUCAAUACCGUCAUCACCUCCAUCGAGCAGCGCUUCGACCUGCACAGCUACCAGAGCGGGCUCAUCGCCAGCUCCUACGACAUUGCCGCCUGCCUCUGCCUCACCUUCGUCAGCUACUUUGGGGGCAACGGGCACAAGCCACGCUGGCUGGGCUGGGGCGUGCUGGUCCUGGGAAUCGGCUCCCUGGUGUUCGCAAUGCCCCAUUUCACCGCCGGCCACUAUGAGGUGGACAUGGACCAGGGGGUGGGGGCGGGGGCGUGUCAGGCCAACGGGAGUCACGUGGAGUGUACGGACUCGGGCCUGUCCAGCUACAGGCUGGUCUUCAUGCUGGGCCAGCUGCUGCAUGGCGUGGGCGCCACACCCCUCUACACACUGGGUGUCACUUACCUGGAUGAGAAUGUCAAGUCAAGCUACUCACCCAUCUACAUCGCCAUCUUUUACACGGCAGCCAUCCUUGGACCCGCGGCAGGCUACCUGAUUGGGGGAGCCAUGCUGAAUAUUUACACAGAAGUGAGCCAACGGACGGAUCUGACGACUGACAGCCCACUGUGGGUCGGCGCCUGGUGGAUUGGCUUCGUGGGAGCCGGGAUCAUCGCGUUCCUCAUCGCCAUUCCCAUCCUUGGCUAUCCCCGGCAGCUACCGGGCUCCCAGCGCUACGUCGUGAUGAGAGCAACUGAAACACAGCAGCUAAAAGACCACAGCCACAGAACAGUGAGCAAUCCGGCUUUCGGCAAGACUGUCAGAGACCUGCCCCUCUCCAUCUGGCUCCUCCUAAGAAACCCCACAUUUAUCCUGCUCUGCCUGGCAGGGGCCACUGAAGCCACACUCAUCGCCGGCAUGUCCACCUUUGGUCCCAAAUUCUUCGAGGCCCAGUUCAGCUUGAGUGCCUCUGAGGCUGCCACGUUGUUUGGAUACCUGGUGGUGCCUGCGGGAGGUGGUGGCACCCUCCUGGGUGGCUUCCUGGUGAACAGGUUCAAGCUCCGUGGCUCUGGGAUCAUCCGGUUCUGUCUGUUCUGCACCUCGACAAGCCUCCUGGCUUUCUUUGUCUUCCUCACACACUGUCCCAACAUGCCCAUGGCAGGCGUGACAACCAGCUACGUUGGGAGCCCCCUCCCUGAAGGCCACUUGGACCUGAAGGCGGCUUGCAACGCCAUCUACUGCUGCCAGGCAGAGCACUACAGCCCCGUGUGCGGCUCAGACGGCAUCAUGUACUACUCGCCCUGCUAUGCGGGCUGCCCUGCGGGCGCUGAGACGGACCCGGUUGGCCAGAAGCAUUCCGGCCCUGACCGCUACCCUACGGUAAGAAGCUCUCACCACAUUUUCCCCCCUUCUCUCUUUCAGUACCAGCAGGUGGCGCUCUGCGGAUGCUGGUGGGGCCCCCCGGGGGUAGCGUGCAGGCCCGGGAAAUGGGCCUCGUUCUGGGUGGCAUCGGGGCUGAUUGUCUCUGGUCCCCAACGAGGUGUUUGGCACCUGGGGAGGUGGCGAUGUGACCAGGACUCUUGCUGGCUUAGGGGUGUGUGUGUGUGUGUGUGUGUGUGUGAGGUUUGCGGCCAGGUUGCCAUGGGCUCUGACAUUGCCGUUUUGCAUUGCAGGUGUGUCUGUGACCAGCAAAGGUCCUUUGCCCUGGGGAUCCAGUGGAUUGUCGUGAGAACACUAGGCAGUAUUCCGGGGCCCAUUGCCUUUGGCUGGGUGAUUGACAAGGCCUGCCUGCUGUGGCAGGACCAGUGUGGCCACCAGGGUUCCUGCUACGUGUACCAGAAUGAAGCCAUGAGCCGCUACAUGCUCAUUGCAGGGCUCACUUUCAAGGUGUUGGGCUUCAUCUUCUUUGUCACUGCCUACUUCCUGUACAAGUCCCCGAAGGCGUCCUCAGAUGGCCUGGAGACCUCCCUGCCCAGCCAGUCCUCAGCCUCCGACAACCCCACAGAACAGCCCCAGAGCAACGUCUGACACCGCGGGCCUGAGGUCUCUUCUGGUAUUCGUGAACCCCCACCCCUCACAGGGCGGUAACCCUUAAGGACCACGUGGAACCUCGCACUGCAUUCUGGGGCCUCGUGCUGCUCCGUACUGUGACUGAGCAGCCUCUGGGACACUAAGGGGGGAAGGAGUGUGUCACAUACGAACCAGACACAACCCCCAAACCCUAGAGUCUCCUAGGCACCACUACAUUUCACGGAAUGCCACCUGGCCCUGACUUCCUGUGUCUACUGAGGAGCCCCGAGCAGGGCAACAGUGCCCCGGGUGGUAUAACCCUGUGGAGCCAGCUACUUGACGCUUUGCUUGAAUCUGCUCCUGCUGCCUGUGCUUGGAGCCCGGUGGAAGGUCUCUACUGCCAGGCAGGAGCAACUUGAAUCGAUCGUUAUGUCUGGACUUACAUUUUGCACUGAACAGUGUUUAUGGAAUCAGUUUUGUACCUGGUCAUGUGACUCGUGUCCGAGCAAACCGUUUUUGGUUAAGAGUGUGUACAUAAUAUAUUUUAAUAUUUAAAGUGGU